AUGAAGCGCAAGCUCGGUGCCCUUGAAAAUGACCGUCAACUUUUCGAUGACCUCUUGGGCACCAUCAAGACGACCAAAACGACACAGAUUGAGCCUCUAUUGACAAUCAUCCGAAAUGGCGGCUCAAGGCAUGACAUUCGCACUUACCUCGAUCACCACCUACGGGUGGACGCGAAUUCAAUGCAAACAGAACAAGGCGUCGCCGAUCGACACAAAGCUAUCCGACGUACGAUGCGUGGGCGUAUCCAGGACGUCGUGAACCCCCCGAUCUCAGUCCCGGCGAAGCCAUGGACCACUGUAACCGACGAUGACGACUUCGUGUCGCACCUCAUCUCUCUGUGGUUCACUUGGGCGCAUCCCUGGUGGCACUGGGUCGACGAGAAGCUCUUCCUCGAGGCUAUGAGGUCUGGAGACGAGAGGGGACUGAUAUGUACUCCCAGUCUGGUGAACAUGAUCCUCGCCGAUGCAUGCUUGUUGGACACCCUGUCGGCAGACGGCUCCGAGCCAAACAAAUGGAUACGCGAGCAGUUCUACGAAGAAGCGAGACGAGGCCUCGAGGCAGAAAAGGGUCGAGUCUCCAUGGCUGUGGUGGCGACAUUGGGCGUGCAAUGGACCUAUUUGAACACGAGUGGUCAAGAUUCGCUCGGCAAUACCGUUCUGUAUCAGCAGAUAUUCCUGUCCAAAGAUCUGGAUAGGUGGCUGCAGAAGAUACAUCGCAGUAUGGAUCUACCCAAAUGGUACUUCGACAAUGUCACGAAAUGCCUAGACAGACUCCAGUGGACACUUUACGCUCUCAACUCGUGCACACUGUUGAACUUUGAAAAGUCACAAUACAUCAGGCCGCCGUCUCGGCCCAAGCCCGAGUCGAACCAUGAUAAGUGCGACAACAUUGACUGGACACCAUAUCCUCAACACCAUCCCCCGGUAAGCUUCCAUCCGGCCUGUCAUUACCGCAGCUUCGUCUCUCUCACGGAACUUACGGCACGUGGAGAGAGCUUGGUUACCAUCGAGACGAAGGAAGAUGUCGACAGUGCCAUGCGCCAGUUGGGUGAGCUGUAUACUCGGAUCCAAAAUUGGAGCAAGACUUUACCCGAUUGUUUGCUACUGGACGAGAGGUGUUCACCUCAUGUGAUUGCUCUGCAUGCACUCCACAAUUGGGUUAUGGUGAUGAUGGCGAAGCAAAUCGCUGCGGUCGAAUCGGGGAAUCACAGUCGUCCGUUGCUCAUCCGCACGCGGUCCCCGGGCGAACAGCCAAAGUGGAAGGAAAUAUCGCUGACGUGUUCGAUCCGCAUCGCCGAGCUCCUGGAACAAAUCCGCGUCCAGUGGGGGGCCGACCACUUCCCCGUCAUCAUCAUGCACCCCGUCGCCAUUGCCGUGUUUCCGCUGCUCGAAAGCUUGCACGAGACUCCCGAGGCCCCCCGGGCGUUUUUCAACCUCUGCCUCACCAUCCGCGCCGCCAGUCGACGGUUCCCCGUCGGCAAAGGCUUGCUCCUCGCCGUCAAGCAGUUGGCCGACCGGAGAGGGAUCCAGCUGCCCGAGAACUGUCGAGCCUGUUUUUCAGACCUGUCCGCCGUCUCGGCGUCUCAAAACACAUCAGAUCUCACCGACAAGGGGCUUGAUUAUCUUCUCGAUAAGUGGGUAGAUCUAGAUCUGCAAGGAUGUUGA